CUCGUGCACACACCUGGUCAACACUCGAGCUGUUAGAGGUUGUAAGCAUUGUGGGCGUUGAGCUCGAUGCCAUCGUGACAUGACACAAGCAGCGAAGGAUGCAGCUAAGUUUUUGAAGAGCACGCUACGUCUGCCCACGUCGACAUUUCCACCUCGACCGCGACCCGCAGACCUCGCGAAAUACCUCCCAAGAUGCAGCGAUAACCUUUAUGCGUGGCAGCGUCACGGAAGACCUGCUUCGAAUACCUUUGUCCUUCAUGAUGGCCCACCCUACGCAAACGGCGAUCUGCACGUCGGUCACGCCCUCAAUAAGAUCCUCAAGGAUAUAAUAUGUCGCUCGCGCCUGGCGGAGGGCAGAAGAGUUGACUACGUGCCCGGCUGGGAUUGUCAUGGUUUGCCAAUCGAGCUGAAAGCGCUAGAGCACAAUGGCUGGAAGCGAGGGCAGGGCGUCGACCCCGUUGCCAUUCGCAAGGCUGCUAGGAAGUUCGCUUACAAGACGGUGGAAAAGCAAAUGGCCGGAUUCCGGGCCUGGGGGGUCAUGGGUGACUGGGAGAAGCACUGGUUGACAAUGCAAAAAGACUUCGAGUUACGCCAGUUGUCGGUUUUUCAGGCAAUGGCAAAGCACGGCGUGAUCUACCGGAAACACAAGCCCGUUUACUGGUCACCCUCCUCUGGGACGGCGCUGGCAGAAGCAGAGCUGGAGUACCAGGAUGACCAUGUAUCGACUGCGGCGUUGGUUAAGUUCCCGCUAGACAACCAAUUCUUGUCCGUGGGCGAGCCAGUCCAUGCUUUGAUAUGGACAACCACGCCAUGGACGCUUCCUGCGAACCAAGCUAUUGCGAUUAGUUCUGACCUCCACUAUUCCCUGGUGCGAUCGGACACGCAUGGCCUUCUCAUCGUGGCGCAGCAUAGACUCUCUUAUCUUGCGGAGACGAUCGGAGAACAACUGGAGGUUAUCAUGGACCAUAUCCCAACAGCACAGCUUCUUAGGAGCACCUACUCCGGCCUACCACAGUUUGGAAUGGAGGCUGCAAAGCGCCCCAUCGUCCAUGCAGAUUUUGUGUCUGCUGAGAGUGGUACCGGCCUCGUUCAUUGUGCUCCAGGUCAUGGUAUGGAGGACUACGAGGCCUUGCAGCCAUUGAUCAAGGACAACGUCGUGUCUGUCAAGGCUCCAGUUGACAACCUUGGACAGUUCGAUGAGACUGCGGCGAGCAGCGACCCAAGUCUGUUGAAGGGAAAAUACGUAUUCACGGAAGGUAACAAGGCGGUCUUGGAACUGCUACAAGCAAACAAGCUGCUCGUCCACCAGCAUAUUUACAAGCACAAAUAUCCGAUUGACUGGCGGACAAAGGAGUCUGUGAUCAUACGCGCCACGGCCCAGUGGUUCGCAGAUGUGUCCCAGAUCAAGAGUGACGCGCGGAAUGCCCUCGAAGCCGUCAAAUUUAUGCCUGACACAGGUAAAAGUCGGCUUCGUAGCUUCGUGGAGAACAGGAGCGAAUGGUGCAUAUCUCGUCAGAGGGCGUGGGGUGUGCCUAUUCCGGCAAUCUACCACAAGUCGACCGGCGAGGCAGUCUUGUCGCCCGAGAGCAUCGCGCAUAUCAUCGGCACCAUCAAAGAGCGUGGCAUUGACGCCUGGUGGUCAGACGCACCUGAUGAUCCAGCUUGGAUCGUGCCUGGCUUGCCAUCCGACGCUUCAGAAUACGUACGCGGCACAGAUACAAUGGACGUCUGGUUCGACAGUGGCACGAGCUGGACGCAGAUGCUUGAAGACGGUCCGACACCUCAACCGGCUCCUCUGGCCGAUGUCUACUUGGAGGGUACUGACCAGCACCGAGGUUGGUUUCAAUCCAGUCUGCUUACCAACAUUGCCUAUCAGAAGUCUAUGCAGCACAGGUCAGACUCGGCGGCUCAUGUGCACGCUCCAUUCCGAACGCUCGCAACACAUGGUUUCACCCUUGACGCGCAGGGUAAAAAGAUGAGUAAAUCGCUCGGCAAUGUCAUCGCCCCCGAUCAGAUCAUCAAGGGCUUUGGGGCCACAGGCGGUGCCAUCCCAAUGACAGGCACAGGCAAGAACAAACAGAAACGCGAAGUUCACCCUCUCGGACCUGAUGCGCUCAGGAUGUGGGUCGCCAAUAGCGAGUGGACCAAGGACGUUGUAAUCAGCGACACUGUUGUAAGUGCCGCGCACAACGCCCUCGACAAGUACCGGCUCAUCAUGAGAUUGUUGCUGGGCAUGCUGGCCGACUUCAAGCCAGAGCUGGUCGUACCCUACGAGAAGAUGGCACGUCUCGACCAGAUCGCAAUGCAUCACCUGCACGGUGUCUGCACGGCAGUGCGAAAGGCGUAUACAGACCUGGAAUUCCACAAGGCUGCUGGCGGCAUAUACCGAUGGGUAGCCAUGGACCUGUCAAGUUUCUAUUUUGAGGCGAUCAAAGAUAGCAUUUACUGCGACGGACUGACCAGUGCCCGCAGGUUGAGCGCUCAGACCGCCCUCCAUCAUAUCUUCUGCCAUCUGCAGGAAAUGCUGGCUCCGAUCACGCCUCUGCUGGUGGAGGAGAGUUGGGAACACAGCUCCGAGAACUACAAGAGUGCGCUUGCACACCCUCUGAAGCGCGUCUGGGCUCCCUUGCCACAAGAGUGGUAUAGUCAGACUCUCGAAGACGUCCUGCCAACCGUGAUUGCCAUCAAUUCAAGUGUCAAGAGUGCUCAAGAAGUCGCUCGAACCAGCAAGCUCAUGGGUCAAUCGCUGGCGUCUGAUGUUACGAUUAACAUACAGGACGACAUUGACAUUACCAGUAUCCCUCUAGAGACUUGGAAGGAGCUUCUGGUGGUAUCCGAUGUUGAAGUACUUCUGGACCCAAACAUUGCAGGCAACCCGUGUUUGAGGCAAGUUCCGACGAGCGAAGCGCCAUGGUCAUACUCAUGCCAGAUCAAUUCACCUUCAAAGGGGUCCUGUGGGGACGUCGUGGUUGCUAUUCCUCACCACGAAAAAUGUGCACGAUGUUGGAAAUAUGUGGUGGAACCAACAGAGAACAAACCUGAUUCUGGCGAUCUUGCACUAUGCAAACGUUGUACAGAUGCUGUUGCAGAGUUCAAGACCAACUAGGCUACGCAGAAGAUUGAUGUAUAUACCCCUGUACCCAAAAAAUUGUAAUUGUACAUGCCCUUCUCACAACCAU